AUGGAGUUGGCCGCCAAGGAGGCGGAGCUGACCAAAGAGGUGCCCAACCUCCUGGAGACCAUGAACAGGACCUCCGAAGAGGUGAAUCUCUUCGAGCGCAAAGCCAGCGAAGCGCAAGAGAGGUACAAGAAGCUCCUGGAGCAAUGGAGCCGCCUCUACGAGGAGCUGCGCUCGCACUACGGCCAGAACUUCGAGCGCGUGAAGCCCUACUUCGAGGCUUCCGCCGCCUUCCGCUCCGCCUCCGAGCGCGUGCAGGUGGUGGUCCGGGAGUUCAGUGCUGCGGCCUCCCAGUACAGCCAGGCCAAGGCUGAGCUCCGGAACAUCGAGAGGAUGCUGGCCUAUGGGGCGCACAAGGCCGAUGCCGCUGUCGAGUCUGCCGCUGCAUCCCCGAAAUUCCAAGUAAGAAUUACAUGUCUUGCACAACUUUCCGCAAGCUUCGGCCUUCCAAGCUGCGAGCGCUUCAGCUCGUUGCCUCAAGCUGGCAGGGAGUUGGUCGGGUCAGGUCCUGGGAGGGUUUAG